AGCUGCGUGCGUGCGUGUGUGUACCCUGGUGUGUGUGUGUGGGUGUGUGGGUGGAGCUGCGUGCGUGCGUGUGUGUACCCUGGUGAGAGUUGAGCAGUGGCUUUUUGGUGUGUGGGGAGGCGGGUAAGCCGUGUGUGCGUGCACUGUGUGGGUGGAGAGAGGAGUGGCGUGGUGUCUGCUUGGCCAAUACAGUGCACAGAGCAACUGGGCUGGGUGAGCAGAGUGUGUGUGUGUGGGGAGGCUCUCUCUGUAACUGUGCCGUGCGAGUUGAGUGAGCGUGGCGUUGUCGUCAAAUGUGCGCUGGUUUGGAAGGCGUCACAGGUCAGCUCUUGCCUUUUCGCUCUCUCUCUUGCUCUCUUGCUCUCACAGCCAGAGCCACAGACAAGCCCGGGGUGAAACAAAGACGAGAGGAACUUGAGAGAAGCCGGUGGGCCACGGCAUCUCCUCUCUAUCAACGGCGCUUUUCAACAGAGGUCCUCGUCAUCCACAUUUCGCCAGGCAGACGGUGCUGCUUGUAAAUAAGAGAGGGGUCAGACGCUGUCAUGGAGGAGCUGAAACCGCAGCCCCGCACGCUGGGCGAACUGCAGCUUUUCCGCGUGCUGCAGCGCGCCAACCUCCUCUCCUACUACCAGACCUUCGUGGAGCAGGGCGGGGAUGACGUUCACCAGCUGUGUGACGCCGAGCAGGAAGAGUUUCUGGAGAUCAUGGCACUGGUAGGCAUGGCCAGCAAACCCCUGCAUGUGCGCCGUCUGCAGAAGGCCUUGCAGGAGUGGGUGCACAACCCUUCUGUAUUCAGUCAGGUUCUACCAGCGUUUGCUUGUGCCAGCAUCCCCAUCUCCAAGAUCUCCAACCUCACAACUGCCACUGCCACUGAAGCCCUGAAUCUUGGCCCGACCUUUGGCCCGAAUCAGGCCACGAUUGGCUCCGCCAGUGCAGGAGCGAGCAUGCGUGUUGUUGGAGAAAAUAACAAAAGCGUUUCCAGCACCACCACCACCACCACUGGCAAGCAACAGCUGGCGCCAAAUCCUGGCGUCACAGCGAUAGGCGUGGCAUCAAGCAAUGCCAAACAGUGCCUACCUUCCGUCUCCGGCUCUGUGUCGUGCACCGUGAGAAACACGCCAGCAUCUGUCGCAAGCAAUGCUUGCAGGAUCAACAACAGCAACAACAGCAGCAGCAGCAGCAGUAGUCUCGGGAUCAUUACUAGCACUAUUGCCAAUACUGGUUGUGGCAGUGGUAGCAAUGGAGGUGGUACUAGUUCUGGCAGAGAAAAUGGACUGACACAUGGCUCCAUGAGGGCAGCUUGGCCGGGGGACGUUGCCGACACAGGCGUAUGCGGUGUUGGCGGGGGGAACGUCGCGGGCGCCAUGGACGACGGGACGUUGUCGGCCGGUUCCUCGGGCGACGGAGAUGGCCCAGGCGGGGAGCUGGAUCCUGAGACGCGCCGCAUCAUCACGGAGUGUUCCGCCCAGGCGCUGGGGCCCACUCACCGGCCGCUGGAACGAGCCGAGGUGCAGGAGGUGCUGCGCACCAACAAGAAGAUGGCCGCCCACAUGGGGCACAUCUUUGAGAUGGACGAGGGUGACGAGAGGCGCGAGGACGAGAUCCGCAAGUUCAGCGCCAUCUAUGGCCGCUUUGACUCGCGCCGUAAGGAUGGCAAGCAGCUCACGCAGCACGAGUUGAGUGUGAACGAAGCUGCAUGCCAGCUGUGUCUGCUGGACAUGUCGCUGCUUACGCGCCGGGAUGAGCUCUUCCCGCUUGCUCGUCAGGUUGUGCGCGAGUCCGGAUACAAGUACAGCCAACGCUACUCCAGCCGGGUCCGCCCAGUGGAAGGCCCAGUCUGCAAGAGGCCUCACAUAGAAGGGGGGGUCAUCCCUGCCUCAUGCCGAGAGACUGCGACCUCCCGCACCCUGCAGGCUCAGAUCACAAAGCUCAAGAGACAGCCAUAUGGCCACAGGGGAGGAGGAGACCAAUGGGGGGAGGAGUGGGAGAGGAGACCGCAUGCCUCCUGUGUGCAGGACCGCAUGGUGGAGGUGCAGGAGGCCCUCAGAGCCAUCCCACUCAAGCAGGACGGUCUGAAGCAGCGCAUGCACGAAGCCCAGGACAAGCAGGACCUGAGUUCUGCACAUAGCUUUCAGGCGGAGUUGGAGCAGGUGACCAUGGAGCAGCUGUCUCUCAUCCAGGAGCAGACCGAUCUCAUCAAGAAGCAGCGUCGCUCCGACCGCUACUUUCAGGCGAAGGCACACCAGCACGGCACAGCAAGCGACGACGAUGGCGAAGAUUACGGCGAUACGGACAGCAGCGCGGACGAGAUGCGCCACGAGCCGCCGGGGUGUGGAGGGUGCGGCGGUGCGGGAGACGCCCCGUCGCCGCGGCACAACGGGCCCCCUGACCCUCGUGAGCCGUCCCAGGGCCCAACCGGUGUUCAACCACCCUCGUGGAAGCACUCGCUGGCUACGGACGAGACGCGUCCGUACACGCGCCACCAGUUGACGGAGCAACCACUCAAGCAGGAGCCCGCCUGGUCCGACACGGAAGAGGGCGGGAGGUCGAGCACGGGGAGAGGAAGUCAAACAGAGCAGGAGGAGUGGGAAACGCAGGUGAAAGAGGAGCAGCGAAACUCGUGUUGAUCACGCGCGCCCCAGCCGUUGUUUCUCUCCCUACACAUGUGUUGGACGUGACGCUCUUGUCUGUCUUUGGAUGGAAGCUGCUGGCUACAGAGCCAGUAUUGUGGUACGUUAUGGAUAAAAGCAUAGUUAAUCACUGACACGUAUGUCCUUGUCACCGUUGAUGGUGUAUGAUGUUUAUCGGCAGGUUAGGCGUCAAUUAUCCUCGUUAUAAUAGUUGCCGUCAAGUAAAAUUUUUCUCAAUGUCAGAGGUUGUUUGUUCUAACUGUUGUUUUUGACUUGUUUAAUGUCAGUAAUGGAAGUGUUCAUAUGAUACCAGUAACAACCUCAGGGGGACCAUGGGCAAGAUAAAAAAAAAACAAGAAGCAAUAGAGAUCGAAAAAUAUAAUUUAUUUUCUUAGUUUUUAACAGAUUAUAUUUGCGCAUUCGGUAUUUAAAUCCAUUUGUGUGUAAACAGUCAUUUAAAAAUACUCAGCCUUGAGCCUUCAUUCAUAAGUAGGUUUGACACGACAAUUAUCUUUCACAAGAGCAAAAAAAACCUCCGUUUAAUUUUUUUUACUUGGAGCUUUAUUAAGUCACGUAGGUAAAAAUUUAAAUUAAUUAAAGUAAAAUAAAAAUAAAAUAAAAAAUCACGACGUUUCGGAGGCAACACAAGCCUCCGUUUUCAGGUGGAACCGUUACAGCACGAUAGCUGUAUUGAUAUUGAUACACAGCACGAUAGCUCUAUUGAUAUUGAUACAGCUAUCGUGCUGUGACGGUUCCACCUAAAGACGGAAGCUUGUGUUGCCUCCGAAACGUCGUGAUUUUAUUUUUAUUUUACUUUUAUUAAUUUAAUUUAAAAUUUUUACCUACGUGACUUUACCGAAAAAACCUAAGAAUAUGAAUCCUUGCAGGCACGAAAGCUUCAAAUCUAGAAGCUUUGUUAAGGUCUAAUUAUGUCGAUUGUAUGUUGAACUGCAUCUCGCCAACCGUGCUAAUUGGAGGUGCAAAAUAUUGGGCAGAUUAUAAACAGAGGUUUACAGACAGCACACAAAAUUUAUUUUGCAUUUCAGUGUCAUCUGAAGAGGUGUCGUUUUUUUUACUUUAAUUUUGCUGAACCAGAAUAUUGUCACGUAUGGAUUUUGACACAUUUGGGUUAUUAUUGCAAUGCUGAAAAUUCCUUUGUUGUAUAAAUAAAUGAAAGUUAUGGCUACUCUGGAUAUAUGUGUUUCACUAAGUGUAGUAUUACACGCUUGAAUCUGAAAACAGGCAUUCAGUAAUUGGAGGUGCCUCUGUAUUAAAUUACAUAUCCUUCAGAUGGCCCAUGUAACUGAAUGGUCAGGCUUUGCCCUGUGAGAGUUUUGUUUGGAGUGUCUAUGUGUCCACAUGGGGGUACCACUGGUCAAUCAUACCCAUUGUCACUGCUUUUUCCUCAUCUCUGUGCAAAAGUUUGGUGUAUCUUUUUUACUUUCUUGGAUGAAAAAGUCAAUAAACAUACACCCAGAUGUUGUGGGGGUAUGUGAAUAUCGUAACAUUAAUUUAAGUACACGUGAGCAAUUGCUUUAAGUGGACUUGUUUAGGUCGAAGUAUUAAAAGGAUUGGGGUCUCUCGGCUCAUCCGAGGAUUUCACAGCUUGUCCAGCUGAUCUUGCAGCCAACACCAGUGGAGCAGUUAUCAUGCCGAUACUCUUUGGUUCUUUCGGUAAAGUCACGUAGGUGAAAAUAAAAAUAAAAUAGAAAUAACUAAUAUUUUAUUUUUAUUUUCACCUACGUGACUUUACCGAAAGAACCAAAGAGUAUGGAUCCUUGCAGUCACGAAAACUUCAAAUCUAGAACAGUUAUCAUGCCUCCAAAUCUCUUAAGAUCGGUAUUCCCUUUCACGAGAAAAUCAAGACGAUUCAUUGCCUAAUUGGCAGACGAAAACCAGGCCUUCACAAGCAGAAUCUCUGCUGUGAAGGGAUUGUAUUACCCUCCGUAAAAAUUUACAAUGAAAAUAAUCUUGUCUCAGAACUAUUUACCAUGAGAGACGGUAGCAAGCUCAUGUGUUGCGCUGUGGCAUAUUCUAAAGUACCAUUGCUUACUUGGGUAACUAGGUAAUGCCAUUUGAAUACUGUAUUGAAUGGAACUGUAUUUGCUUGACGUUGCCCAAGUGACUUUACCUGCCAGAAGAUCUACCGUUAUUAGGUGAUGGAUUUACUUAAUUUCCUGGACUGGAUUGUGAGGCUGUUCUCACCAGAGGUGGAGUCAUGUAAUUGUUCUCACUGCCUAAUCACGAGUCUAGGUUAGAGGUGGUAGAGUGCUGCCCGGAAGGUGGUAUGCGUUCACAGCGUCGCUAAAGUGUCGUUCAGGAUGUGACAUGUUUGUGUGUUAUUACGCGGUAUGCAAAUACAUUGGUCGUUUUAGAUUCAUUUUGAACGUUGUUAUUGCUGUCCUGCAGUUCGUUUCCGACAAUCGUUGAUGUUCAGUUAUUUAAUGUGUUACCAGAACAAUGGCUUACUGCAUGUGCAACAGCAGUAUAGAGAUGACAAUGUCUGAAAGAAUGAGCUGUGUAAGAAGCCUCACUGGUUUGGUGUGAGCAUUGUUCCCUUUGUGAAAUGUAUUGCCCUCCCAAGUGCCCCCCUGUUUUGUGUUUUAUCCCUGUAGAGAGAUGAUGUAACAUUAGUCCGCCUCCAUGGCUCCCACAUUUUCUGGGCACUGGCUUAGAUGCAAAUGAGCUGAUGGAAAUUGAAAGUGUAUUGAAUAAAACACAACCCUUUU